GUCCCCUCGCUGGCUCCUGUAGUCAUUGGGAAAACAUGGCGACACACACAGGCAAAGUGAUUCUGAGCCUGGGUCGGAUCAAUGUUGUUGGUCUUGGAGUUAAGACGACAGUGAGCAGCGUCACCUACGCGACAGCUUUGUCUACAAACCGCUCUGCUCGAAAUGAGGGCCGUCUUGAUGGACAAGGUAAAGGACCCUUUUCCAGAAAACCCAAGAGACUUGCCAAGGAGCCCAGGACAGCAGAGAUGUCAGUGGAGCAGGACUGGACUGCAGUUUAUCCAUCAGCCAAGCCCUUUAGACCAAAUGCUGUCCCCCUACCUGUGAGGAUGGGCUACCCUGUGAAGCGAGGUGUUCCCCCAGAGAAGAAAGGCAACCUGGAGCUAAUUAAGAUCCCGAACUUUCUGCAUCUGACACCAGCAGCCAUCAAGAAGCACUGUCAAGCUCUGAAACCUUUCUGCACAGAAUGGCCAUCAGCCUUGGACAAUGAUGACAAAUGUGACGAGCACUUUCCCAUUAAAGUCACAAGCACAGACUAUGUUUCUGCAGGCCCAUCUGUCAGAAACCCUUCAGCUCGUAUUGUUCACCUCAAAGUAAAACUAUCCAGUCUGAAUCUGGACGACCACGCACGCAAGAAGAUUGUCAAACUUGUUGGGGAGAGAUACUGCAAACGUACCGACAUGCUCACCAUCACAACCAACAGCUGCCCACUGAGAAAACAGAAUUACGACUAUGCCAUGUACCUGCUGACUGUCCUGUAUCAUGAGUCUUGGAAAAUCGAAGCCUGGGAGGCUGAGAAGACCGUAGCAGACAUGGAGGAGUACAGCUGGGAGGACAGCCCAUCUCAAAAGAACAUCAUUGAUUUGUUGUUGCGCCUGAAAGUGGCCGAGGGUGGAGAAGUGGAGGAAGAGCAAGAGCUGCUGAAAAGCGGAGAAGUGCAGGAGUAUAAGGACUCUGUCACAAGACUGAAGAAUGAAGCAGCAAGCGAAAGUUCCACGCUUCAGUACAAGGAGGCUGUCAAGAAAGUAUUCAAUCUGUGAUACAGAGUUAUGUACUAAUGCAACAGGAUCGACCAAAUCUUUUUGAAUUGUAUAAUAUACUCCCGUCUACAUAACAAUGACACAAACAAGGUCAGUCUACAUAAUUAUUAUUCCAAUGUACAUCAGGAUUCUUCACCUUCAUGGGUCUCAACUACUGUAUUUAUUCUUAAAAAUAAAUCUGCUGUUGUGUCAGAUACAGGACAUUGUUCUUUCAUACAAAAAUAAAAGUGAUGUUUGUUAUUA